GUGCUACCUUAACAAUCCCAAGUACCUCCUCUUCCUCAUGAUUAAACUUUCGGGUCGUUGACCCUAAACUUUGUUGCAGUAUACAUUAACAUUAGUCUUACUUGUUUCAUACUGAGGUUACAGCAUGAGGAACAGGGUCGUUAAACAGGAUGGUUCAUCCUCCGCAGCCGACGAAGCUCAGAGGUCAGCCAGGGUCCAGAAGAAGGAGGCGGCACCGUCCCGAUGGUGGCUGAAAAGAGGCUUAUUGGCCCUCUUUGUUAUCUUCAUUGUGGCGCCUUUCUCGCUCCGAAAACUCCCAGAAUUAAUCCAGCACCUUGUUUAUGUUCACAGAAUCAGGUUGCCGUUCUUUGUUGACCUCAGCCACCCUGCUGAUCUCUCCCUUAAUCACACGAUCAACAUGUACUUAACAUCAGAGGAAGAUAUUUCCCUUGGCGUAUGGCUCACUGUCCCUGAAAGUCAGUGGAAAGAGGCACAGGGGAAGGACUUGGCGUGGUACCAGAACAGUUUAAGCGAUGGCAGUCCAGUUUUCAUAUAUCUUCAUGGGAACACAGGCACGAGGGCAGCCACUCAUCGGGUGGGAGUGACGAAAGUAUUGAGUAGACUUGGUUACCACGUGCUGGCGCCUGACUACAGAGGGUUUGGAGAUUCCACUGGGGAGCCGACUGAAGCCGGUCUGACCACUGAUGCCCUCUACUUGUACAACUGGGUCAAAGCACGCAGUGGAAACAGCCUGGUGGUCAUCUGGGGACACUCUCUUGGCACUGGAGUGGCUACUAACACUGCAGUAAAACUGCUUGAGCAAGGAUUGGUUUUUGAUGGUGUAAUGCUGGAGGGCACAUUCAAUAGUGCUCGACAGACGAUAUCAGGUCAUCCUUUUACAUGGUAUUACUGGAAAUUUCCAGGCUUGGGGUACUUUUUGCCAGAACCAUGGGCGGAAAACAAAGUAGUCUUUCCUACCGAAGAAAACCUGAAGAAAAUGAGAAGCCCAAUCCUUUUCCUUCAUUCAGAGGACGAUCAUUUAGUUCCCAUUCGGUUUGCUCAGCAGUUGUAUGAGGUAGCAGCGAGUGCCCAGAAUGCAGAGCGAGUCAAGCUGGCAACAUUUGACGGUUCUCUGGGGUACCUGCACAACGGCCUAUAUAGAGAUCCCCAUCUGCCUGACAUCAUAAAGACGUUUGUGCAGUCGUUGUAAUGUUGGAAAGAUGACUGAAGCAGAAAAAAACCUUUCCACGCUCAGACCUAGACCAAUCAUUAGAUUACAUGCUACAUUGAAUGCUUUGUCUUCGCAGCUGUGUUUAUGCUGCACAAACAUAUGAUUGACUUGAAUAUCAAAUCCUAAAUGUUUGUAGUAAAUAUUCAUUAGUUUAGGAAUUAAUGCAAAAAAUGUUCAGGGAAACACCUGUUCUCAUCUGUUACAAUUAUAACCGAUGCUUCUGUAUCUUUGAGUAAUUUAUUCUGAAUUAUCUGAACUGGAAAGCUUAAUUCCCAUUGGAAAUGCAAUUUAGAUGAGCCAUUGUUGCAUUAGGUGCCCUCUACUGGGCAUUGUUGUGUGGUGAUAAUGCCCAUCUAUAAUACUGGGUAAUGAGUUUGGUAAUCCAAAGCUUAAAUCGUCUAGGUGUCAGUGACAUUUCAGAAUAAUAGAAGGAAAGCAGCUGGGACACAGCUGUCCUCUGACCUUGUUAUCACAAGUGUGGUUUUAGUAAUAAGUUGAAAGAAUCUCUGUUUAGAUGUUACUUAAUUACAGUAUAUUUUCCAGUGUCAUUCAGCAGUGCUGUGGUAAUUCUGGUUUGCACUUGUUGAUACUUACUCCGCAUUGCAAAACUCCUUCUCCCUCAAACAUUGAGAACGUAAUGAAAUAAAUGUAAUACAAUAUCUACAAAGCUGUGUUUUCUUUCAAAUAAAAAGAAACCUUCUGCUCACUCAGGCAGAUUCGAUGUCAGGAACAUUUGUAUGCAUACCUCAUGUAUGCUGUAUGUAUAUAAACUGUAUUUUCCCCUAAACACAUAAAUCACUUUCCUUGAACCCUUCUGUAAAUCGUGAUUGAAUGUACACACUCGCACUACCAAUGAAAGUUAAUAAAUAACAGAGGCACCUUU